CGGCCCUUAUCAGCUCAGUUCAGCUCAGGGGAAGAAUGACGAGCUCCCGACACGGUAGCGAAAUAGACGAGGAAUAAGAAGAUGGCGAUGAUAAUGGAAGCAGCCAUUAAGAGCCCUCUGCUUCCUCUCAAUCCAAUGUCAAUUUUGCAGGUAAGAGAUCUCAAGCAAGCGGUUGAUAUUUGUAUCCCGAACCUUUCUUCGCAAAGGGCAUGUUUUCCCCUUCACUUAAGACCACGUCUUACAGAACAGAGUUUAAGGGCGCACCGGAAGUUUCUUCCUCCCAUCUGUGCUGCAACAUCAGACAUUGAAGAAGCUGAGGUUUCCUCUUCUCACUUUGAAGAUUUCUCGGUUGCUAGAACAUGCAUCACUGAUGAUGCGGAGUUAAAGAUAAAUGUUGAGGUCUCGGGUGCCAAAACUCGAGAGGUUUUUGACAGCGUGUUUGACAAAAUGGUAGCUGCAGCACAGCCAAUUCCCGGGUUUCGAAGAGAAAAGGGCGGGAAAACACCAAAUAUACCGAGAGACAUUCUACUAGAAGUGCUCGGGCCCUCAAAAGUUUACAAGCAAGUGAUCAAGAGUAUAAUCAACUCCACCGUAGCUGACUAUGUGCAGAAGCAUAUGCUUUUCGGUCUAUCAGUGAACUUCUGUUCGAAAGAAAAGCUUUUCGUGCAUCCCAUCAUUUGAAUGGUUUAAAAGUCAGCAAAAAUCUGAAAGUUGAGCAGAGCUACGAAGAUCUUGAAGCCGAGUUUGAACCAGAUGAGACGUUCAGCUUCGAUGCCACGAUUCAGUUGAUUAAGUCGAAUUAACGAGUUCACAUAAGUUCCGUGUUUUGUUCUUAUAUUUUCUCAAAAUGCGGCAACAUCAAUUUUCUAGAUGAUGGUUUCUUGAUUUCCUGAUAUGAAAACAAGAAAACGGAGGAGUUUAUAGAAAGCCAGAGGCAUCAAAUUGUUGAGAAUUCUCCAUGCUGCAAUCUUCAUUCAACAUAACAAAAAACAUGUACCUCGGCCA